AUGUCUGAUGAUGCCGAACAACAGACUGAAGAAAUUGAGGUUUUAAAGUCAAUUUACGAAGGAGACGAGAACUUUAAACAAUUAAAUGACAAGACUUAUCAGUAUAAGUAUAAAGAUGAAGAGAAAUCAUUCAUAGUAGAGAUAUGUUGGGGUCCUACAUAUCCUACAGAAAAACCUAGGAUCAAUUUAGAAAUAUUCUACAAUCAACACUUGAUUUCAUCUGUAAAAGAAAAUAUUCUGAAUAUUCUUGAUGCCGAAGCGGAGCAGUGGCUUGGUUGUGCUAUGACAUAUACAUUAUUUGAGUGCCUUAGAGAGAAAGUGCCUGAGAUUCUUGCUGAACAAGUAGAGGAAGUGGUUGCAGUGCGAUUAGAGAAGGUGGCAAUUACAGAACAGUUGGAAUCCAAGAAGCCAGAAAAGAAAGAACAGCUCAGCAAAUCACAAAAGAGAAGAGCAUGGGACAAAGCAGAAAUGGGUAAAGGUGGAGAGAAGCCAAGGGGCUGGGAUUGGGUUGAUAUUGUCAAGCACCUGUCACAAGCGCCACAUGUUCAGCCAUCUUGA